CCUGGUAAAAGGGUGGUGUGUGUUUUUUGUUUGUGUACUUUUGUUCGAUGUCUUUCACUAUGCAUUAAGUACGCACUGUUGGGUUCAACCAGUACCGGGAGGAAAGACAAGAAAUUUCGACCUCUUAUGCAGCAGAGGGGAAAACUGUCAAGAAAUACUCAACCCACAAGAAAAAAUAGAUUAACCAGAAGAGGCUUUAUAUUUUAAAUGACUGUAGAGACUUAGGUUUUGAUUCCCUAAGUCCACCUCGGCCAGUUUUGUAAUAAGAGGCCCUAAGUUUGGUUUUGUCGGAGCUUGCAUCAGUUUGUUACAUCAUCGCUGAGUGGAAGACUUGCACUUGCAAAGAAAAAUAAGGUCCAGUGCUUCUCCAUCGGGAAAGGGCAUGCCUGCAAGUCACGAGACAAUGCACCGCAGAACAGGUUUGCCAGGUCUCCUCGAAGACCUGAGCAGGAACCUAACAAUGAAAUCCAGUUGUCUAAUCUUUUAUUUGCAGAGCGGGAAGGAGAAUCCGAGGUCAAUGUUGGGAGCGACUGACAUCACCGAUCAAUAAUUUGCGUUUUGAAUGUUAAUUGUAGCGGUUCUUGGGGGGAGGGGCUAACCUGGCUGGUGGACGCAACCAGCAACGGUUUUCCCGAAUCUCUCCCCUGCCCCCACUAUCUCUGCCCACCUUUUCCCGGUGGGUCCCCCGACCUGGACAUACAGAAUCAGGGGAAAGCAACUCGCGCUCGAGAACAGCUCCCGCACACUUCUACGUGAUCUGCACCUUUAAACUCAGUCCAUCCCGAACCGGACCACGGAGGCACCACCCACAUCCGUCUAACAUCACUUCCUUCAGCGUUUGAAAAAAAAAAAAAAAAAAAAUCUGGGAACGCGAGGGGUUGAUCUGAGCCCUGCUUGGGGAGCGGCGCGGACCUUCUGCUAAUUCUCCGGCCUUGUGUCCGCUCAGCCUGGUGGCCCCACACACCUACUACCAUGGAGAUGCGGCCUCGUCUCGGGGCCACCUGUUUGAUGGGCUUCAGUUUCCUGCUCCUCGUCACCUCUUCUGAUGGACAUAGUGGGCUUGGAAAGGGUUUUGGAGAUCAUAUUCAUUGGAGGACACUAGAAGAUGGGAAGAGAGAAGCAGCUGCCAGUGGAUUGCCCAUGAUGGUGAUUAUCCAUAAGUCUUGGUGUGGAGCUUGCAAAGCUUUAAAGCCCAAAUUUGCAGAAUCUACAGAAAUUUCAGAACUUUCCCAUAAUUUCGUUAUGGUAAAUCUUGAGGAUGAAGAGGAACCCAAGGAUGAAGAUUUCAGCCCUGAUGGGGGCUAUAUUCCACGAAUCCUUUUCCUGGAUCCCAGUGGCAAGGUGCAUCCUGAAAUCAUCAAUGAGAGUGGAAACCCCAGCUACAAGUAUUUCUACAUCAGUGCGGAACAAGUUGUUCAGGGGAUGAAGGAAGCUCAGGAAAGACUGACAGGUGAUGCCUUCAGAGAGAAACAUCUUGAAGAUGAGUUGUAACAUGAAUGUAUCCCUUCUUUCAUCAAAGUUGCUGUUCUGGAAGGAAAGCAGCAGUAGAAGGGAAUAUUGAGGAAUCACCCAGAACAAUUAAACCAACCAGGAAACCUUGCUCCUACCUGGACUGGAAGGAGCUCUCUCACUGUGGAAGAGUUCUGCUGCCAGAAGCUGGUCUCUGUGUUUGUGGAUCCAGCAGAGUGCGGCAGACUUCCUUCUUGUGCUCCCCCUCACCUAAAUGUCGAUUUGUCAUUGAAUGUAAAGAAUGAAACCUUUUGACACAAAACUUGAGCCACUUGGAGGUUAACUCCUCACACUUAAGGAUUUGAGUCUUUUCUCAUUUCCUUCCAUUUCACUCAUUGGUGGUAAAAGGAGACUAGUCGCAUCUUUCGUACAAUGUUAAAAUUGCAUAAAUAACUUAUCAUUUUUUUUAAAAAAACAAUAAAUCCUAAAUGUGAAUCAGUAAUUUUACCCCCUACCGAGGAGACCAGACUGUUUUUUCUGUUUUUCUCUUGGGAAUAAUCUUGGGCUUCUUCCCAAAUCCCUGCAACCUCCUUCCUCUUUUCCUGCGUGGACUUUCCUCUUUGCACGCAUGUGUGUGCAGGAAUGGCUGUGUGCUUGGACUCAGCCCCAGCUGGAAGCAUGCUUUCAUUUAUUACUGUUGGAGAAACUCAAACCUUCAAGCCCUAGGUGGAGCCAUUUUUGUCAAGUUAUCAAUUGUAUUUUUGUACUGGGGUUAAAAAAAAGAUAAAAUAUCAAUUGUUCCAAUAAACUUUAAUAAAACUUUAAAAGGAAA